AUGAAUAUCACACAGAUCACAUCAGUCAUGGUAGUCUCUUCAUCACCCGUAUCACGUAGGCCAUGGGUGGUUGGUUGUUGCAUGCAGCAAUACAGUUCAUCGCCUCUUCGUAAAGUUACUUCACAUUCUCAACAAGCUAAUCCUUCUGUUAUGAACCUCGAUAUGACCAAAGAACGAAUCCGAAAGCUCAGGCUGUUCAGCAAUGUGGAAGUUUCUGUUUCUUCAUACGACACAGCGUGGGUAGCCAUGGUUCCUUCUCCAAACUCUCCCAAAUCCCCUUGUUUCCCUGAUUGUCUGAACUGGUUAAUGGAUAAUCAGCUUGAUGAUGGUUCAUGGGGUCUUCUUCCUCAUCGUUCCCCAUUCAUUAAAGAUACUCUCUCUUCAACAUUAGCAUGUGUACUUGCAUUAAAACGAUGGAAUGUCGGGAAAGAUCAAAUUAACAAAGGUCUACAUUAUAUCGAGUCAAAUUUUGCUUCAGCUAAUGACAAGAGUCAAGUAUCUCCAUUUGGAUUUGACAUUAUAUUUCCUGGUAUGCUUGAGUAUGCGAAAGACUUGAACAUAAAGCUCCCUUUAAACCAAACAGAUUUGAGUGUGAUGUUACAUGAGAGAGCACUGGAGCUUAGAAGAUGUCACUCAAAUGAGAAGAAAGCGUACUUGGCAUACGUGUCAGAAGGACUCGGAAAUUUCCAUGACUGGAAUAUGGUGAUGAAGUAUCAGAUGAAGAAUGGUUCUAUCUUCAAUUCACCCUCAGCAACAGCUGCUGCUCUUAUUCAUAAUCAAAACGAUGUUGGUUGUCUUGAUUAUUUAAGUUCACUCUUGAACAAAUUUGGGAAUGCAGUUCCAACAGUUUACCCUCUUGAUUUAUACAUUCGACUUUACAUGGUUGACACACUUGGUAGACUGGGAAUCACACGCCAUUUUAAGAUGGAAAUCCAAAAUGUUUUAGACGAAACUUACAGAUGUUGGGUGCAGGGGGACAUACAAAUAUUCAUGGAUGUUGUCACUUGUGCUCUAGCCUUUCGGUUACUAAGGAUAAAUGGGUAUGAAGUCUCAUCAGAUUCAUUAGCUAAAAUUACUAAAGAGGGGGAUUACAUGAGUUCAUGUAAAGAUGGUUUUAAAGAUGUAUACGCAGCUCUUGAAGUGUUUAAGGCAUCACAGAUUAUAUAUCAAGAGGAAUUGGCUGGUUUGGGAGAACAAAAUUCGACUGGUUUCCUUAAAAGGGAAAUAUCCAUUGAUUCUAACUGUAUUCAUAGAGAGGUGGAUGAUGCACUUAAGCUUCCCUUCAAUGGUAGUCUAGAACGCAUGUCCACUAGAAGAAAUAUAGAGCAUUACAAUGUAGACAACAAAAUAGUAUUGAAAACCACAUAUAGUUCAUUAAACGUUAGCAAUGAAGAUUACCUAAGGUUGGCAGUGGAAGAUUUUAAUGCAUGCCAAUUUAUUUAUCGUGAAGAAAUAAAAGAUCUUGAAAGGUGGGUGGUGGAGUUUAGACUGGACAAGCUCAAGUUUGCUAGGCAAAAGACAGCCUACUGUUACUUCUCUGCUGCUUCAACUUUUCCCUCUCCUGAAUUAUCAGACGCCAGAAUUUCAUGGGCCAAAAGUUGUAUGCUCACUACAGUGAUGGAUGACUUCUUUGAUGGUGGGGGGUCUAUAGAUGAACUGGUGAACUUGGUUCAGACAGUUGAGAAAUGGAAUGUAGACGUCCAAAAUGAUUGUUGUUCAGAGGAAGUUCGCAUUCUAUUUUUAGCAAUUAAAGAUACGGCCAGUUCGAAUAUAGACAAAGCUUUUAAGUGGCAAGAAAGAGACAUAACAAGUCAUGUUGUUGAAAUUUGGGUGGAUGUGGUGAAGAGUAUGUUGAGAGAAGCUAUAUGGGCUAGAGAUGGUUCAGUGCCCACAAUGACCGAGUAUAUAGAAAAUGGUUUAUUAUCAUUUGCUUUAGGUCCAAUUGUGCCUCUGGCUAUAUACUUUGUGGGGCCAAAAUUGUCAGAGGAGAUCGUUCAAAGCUCUGAGUAUCACAAGUUAUUUGAGCUAAUGAGCACUUAUGGUCGUCUUCUAAAUGAUAUACAUACCUUUAAGAGAGAAUCGAAGGUGGGGCAACUGAAUGCUGUACCAUUGUACAUGAGUCAUAGAAAGAAUACUGGGAUUGAGGAACAAGAAGCUGUAGAGGAGAUUAAGAUGCUGAUGGAGAAUCAUAGGAGAGAAAUGAUGAAAUUAGUGUUGGAAACAAAGGGAAGUAUUGUUCCGAAAGCUUGCAAAGAUGCAUUUUGGAGCAUGUGCAAUGUGGUGAAUCUUUUUUAUGCAAAAGAUGACGGGUACACUGGAAACGCAAUCCUUGAUGUUGUCAAGGAAAUCAUCUAUGAUCCGGUACACCACCGGUCAAUGAUCUAA